UUUUAUUUGGCUACUGCCCAAGAAGAGCGAUUCUCAGUGUGCGUGGGAGCCCGCGACCGUGUUUGGAUAGAUGGGUGAAGAAUUGAAACUAUUGGGUGCAUGGGCGAACCCAUUUAGCCGGCGAGUCGAGAUAGCUCUGAAGAUCAAAGGGGUUGAAUACGAGUACUUGGAUGGGGACAUAAUCCACAACAAAAGCGCUUUGCUUCUCGAGUACAACCCCGUGCACAAGAAGAUGCCUGUGCUUGUCCACAAUGGCAAGCCCAUCGCGGAGUCUCUGAUGAUUCUUGAGUACAUCGACGAGACAUGGAAGGACAACCCGAUCUUGCCACGAGAUCCGUACAAGAGAGCGAUGGCCCGAUUCUGGGCUAAGUUCUUGGAUGAAAAGUGCGUGCCGGCCCUUUGGAAAUAUUGUUGGAGCCUCGGGGAAGAACAGGAAAAUGCAUAUGAAGAAGCAUGCGGGGUCCUGAAGAUUCUCGAGGGCGAUCUCGAGGACAAGAAGUUCUUCGGAGGUAACAACCUCGGGUUUGUGGACAUCACCGCCAACUCCGUGGGACUCUGGAUCGUAGUUAUCCAAGAAGCUGGUGGGUUCAAUAUCCUAACUCCCGAUAAAUUUCCCCGGCUGUGCAAGUGGGCUGAAGAGUUUCGAAGUUGCCCGGUCGUCAAGGAAAAUCUCCCUCCGAGAGACAGACUCUAUGCCUUGUUCAAGGCCCGCUUCGAGAAGAUCAGUGGCUCGAAGGAUGCCGAAUUAGCCUCGCGUCAUUAGCUGAGACAGACUAUUUGCAUUCGCACGGACCGUUGGUAGGAAAAACCGUUUCCCCAAGCACUGUUAUAUGUACAGUUGCUUUGUGUGGUUUUGGUUAUGCACCUAAAUAAAUCUUAACGAUCCUUCAUGUCAUGCAUUUGGAUUAGAACUGGUUGAUUUAAGUAGUAUAGCAGUUAGUAGAUCUACAUAAUCUUAGUCCUUGGAUGAUAUUGGCUGUGGAGUUACCUUUUAAUGAAUAAAAUUCUGAGCAUGCUCACAUAUUGUCA